UCUUUUUUAAGCCGUGCUAAAGCGGUCAAGUGUCGGUUUCUUGAGUUCCUUGCAUCCACUAUCAUCAUUCCAUUUCUUUAAUCCUACACAUCAUGUCCGUUACCGAUGAUCUACCAUGGCCCGAAUUGGGCAACGUAUCUCGAGGCGCCACUCGAGGAAAUCAAGGGCAGAAGGGGGUAUUAGGACCACCAGACCGUGACGGACGGUGCACUCUCCAGUUACGCGUUCAACCGGGGGUUUUAGCAGUACGAUUAAAUCGUCAAGCCAGCGACUGGUAUAGGACAUUGGAUAACGAAGUUAAUCGCGCUCUAAAACUCACUAAAACCUACUGGCGAAAAGCAAGAAGACGUCAGGACUACGACGCGCGGGCUGAUCAAGAUCAUAUGGAGCUGCAUGAAUGGCUGCAACAGUUAAAGGACAAAACAAUGUCGCAUCUAGAAUUGCUUAUGCAAAAAGGCGAUAUACAGGGACCACCGUACACCAUGCCCGAUGACAUCGAAUUGACAUUUUUGCGCAAAUUUAUCGAACGCCAGGCCGCAGGAAUGCCCCACAAUCCACGUCUGCGCAACGGCGCCGACCCAGGCUAUAUCAUUCGGGCCCACUCAGUAGAUUCAGGAUCCCCCGAUCCUUCAGACCAAAAUUAUCAAGACCAGAGGAAUCGAGGUGUCGACCCAACAGAGGCGGUUAACAAUCAUAUGUCUAUGGGUAGUCGGCCUUCCGACUCGCCUACUCUACGGAAUCCCGACUCUCUAGCUCAGGAAGCGACUACGUCCACGCUUCAAAUAUCCCGCGCAGCAUUGGCUCGUGCCCAAAAAGAUACUCAAGAUGCGUUUUUACGCUAUACUGCGUGCCUUGACGCCGAGCGGCAAGCAAGACAAUCAGUGGCCGCGGCAGAGAAACGUCGGGAUGAUGUUAUGGCUGCUCUUUUGUCGAUGAACACAGCUGAACAACGAUCAAGACAAUCUUCUGUGUCAUUAGAAGAAGCUCAAGCUGCACAUGCAUUAACUCGUUAUCAUAAUGAAGCUCAAGAUUUCAAAAAUAGGUCCAAUACUAAGCCUUUGGAAUGGGGUGAUGCUGAGACACAAGGAAUCUAUGCAACUGAGCCUAUGGCUCACCUCGAAAAUCAUGGGCGCAUUGUCCGAAAACAUUCACGGACUUGGGAAAACGGCGGGCAAUUACAAGACCACCAGUAUGGCGAGGAUCUCAGUGGCUUACCACCGCGAAAACGCAUACACCAUAUGAUUCCAGGAUACGAUGUGAUGAGCAACCCACUACAGGCGCAAAACAUGACAUUACAGCCAUGAAUUCUUGGACCUACCAUGCAUUGCUUACGAUCUACAUGCGCUAACAUUCAUGAUAUUUAUUGAUUGUAUACUAAUUCGCAUAUACCGCCUUCUUAAUAUUUACCCUGUAUAGGACGACUCCAUCGAGUAUAUGUACCGCGUUGAAGUCGUCUUUUGUACUUAUAUUAACCAAUUACUUAUCUUUUGGCAUAUGUAGUCAGAACAUCAUUCACAUGAAACUUGCAUCGUGU